AUGUGGCCCGGACGUAAAAAGCUUAGCAUUCUUCCAGGCAGUGGAUGGGAUAACCUGGUGAAUGAGGAGAGAGGACUCACUACUAACAGGGAGGUCUACAAGAUGUGUCGUACCUCAGACGAUGGAAACUACCUUAUUCCUGAUGGCAUGACUAUUGAGCCAAUUAAGAGUACCCAAAUUGAACUCUCCUCGAAAGUAUUUACUCACUUCACAAACUACACUUCACUCACGGCCUUUUCAAUGAACUCGGCUGCGGAUGUCAAGCUCCACUUUGUUUCUGUCGGCGGUGACUUCUCCUUAGAAAAGGAUGUUGUUAGAAAAGCUGAGAAUCAAAACAACGGUCUGACAGUACGAUCCCAGCUGCGGCACCGCUGGUAUAUUGUGCACCAACUUCCCGACUCGCAACUGCACCCGCGGUUCCGAAACCGCCUGCUGGACAUCGCCGCUCACCUGGCGCGCAGUAAUAUCACUGAAGCGGGCGGGAGCAAUGAUGGCGCAGGUGUCAGCGUGACCGACCUCCGCUCACUGGUCGGAAGAAACAGCGUCGGCCUGCUCUCCACGCCUCUCGAUCCUCUCGCGGCUGAAGAAAACAGACAAGUCAUGUUUCGCGUUAUGGACAGUCUCCAUGCUGCCUACUUGGCUGAUCUCAUUGUCAGAGAUUUUGGAACUCACACUGUGGUGGCCGUUGAGGCAGGAGCCGUGGUGGCUAAAAUUGAUAGUCUCACCAGUUCCAGCAGGGAUAUGAGCGACAAGGAUAAGCUGGAAGCUGGAACUUCUGCCUCGGCCUCCUUUGCCAGCCUUUUCGAUUUCAAAACAUCCACCAAGUUGGGUACAGAUCAAAAGAUGGUGGAGGCGUAUAAUUCAAAGGUGGCCUCAAGUUUCAUCUUAAGCUACGGUGGGCCCAGUCUCAAGGCCAGUGACAUGAAUCUAACAGAGUGGGAGAGGAAUCUGGCGAAUCAUCUUGUAGCGGUCGACCGUCGAGGGCGACCAAUUUACGACCUCAUCACGCCUCGCGCACUGCCAGAGCUCAGCGAAUCGCUCACCUUUCGUCUUGCAGCAGCGGUGAAAGCUGCUGUAGUGCGCUACUACGAAGCGAACUCCUUGAUCGGCUGUCUCGAUCCUGCAUCAACCGCCUACGACAGCGACGCCAACGUGGCUGCAGACAACUGCGAUGACUUUCCAUACCAAGACCAAACUACAGACGUCCAGGGAGGACAGCUGCCUUUGGGAGGAGUUUACACAACCUGCAAGGGUCCCAGUGACCUCUGCUCGCGUCACAUAGCACCCAACUUGGCCACCGGCAAUACUUCCUGUCCAAGGGGCUUUAUGCCGGUGGGUCUCCUGCCCCCACAGGUACGGUCCUGUGCGGUAGCCUGCCAGGACCGCAAGGUCUUCCAAGAGCCCCUGUGUGUGCAUGAAUGUGCAGUCACUCGCGCUUUCUGGUGCGCUCUCGAUCCAUCAACUGAAACAGAUGGGAAGAAUGAGCUCGGCUUCCUCUUCGGCGGUAUAUAUACCGACACCACGAUGAACCCAAUCACCAAGGCGCAGUCCUGUCCCCCAUACUACGAGGUGCAGUCGGUGGGCCGACGCAUCCAGCUCUGCCUGUCAACAGACUUCGAAAUGGGACGUCGGUACUCCUUGGCUUUUGGCGGCUUCUACACCUGUCAGUCGGGCAAUCCGCUGUAUGACGUGCUCUCUCUCAACUCCAGCUCACUGAAAAGAGUUCAACAGGUCAGAAGAGGGUUGCAUGCGGGUUUAAAAAUCGGCCACAGUGAUUAUAAUGGAAGUACGAGUGGAGAAGAUCCGGGCAUUAUUUGGUCCAAGCGGUGCCCUAAUGGGUAUACAUCUCACAUGGCUGCAAUUGAAGACACUUGUCUUAUAAACUGCUGCAUUCCUGGCAAUUCACUUAAAGUGGUCAAAGAACGCACACUCAAGCGACCUCCAUUUGUCCAACUGCCGGACUUUGCAAGCAUUGAAACACCGUUGGAUCUUCAAAAGUCUCUGAAUCAGCCCCUUCGUCUGGUCGAUACCUAUUCCGGCCGAACCUAUCACAAUCAGGAAGGUGAGUGGGUCCCGGACGAGGCUGCGGCCGAGCCAGUCAAUACGAGUGCAUCAGCCUUCCUCAUUUUCGCUGUCGUCAUGCUCGUGAUUCUUUUCGUGGUCGUGAUGGGAUUCAUCAUUCACUAUGCCUACAGGCGGGUGGCGUGCUCGCGGCAACAAGGUCCAUUCAACCCGACUGAGGACUCCACUGCUUAG